CGAGUCUUGCUUGUGGCGAUUCCUCCAUCCAGCUUCUGUUGCUAUCUCUUCCCAGUGGCUCACCAUCUAGAGCGAGGAACAGCCCCAUGGCAGCCCCGUACAACGUGGUGUUCAUGCUCGGCCCGCCUGGAGCUGGCAAAGGAACGCAAAGCAACAUUAUCGCUCGGACCUUUGGAUACGACCACGUGUGCGUGGGCGACCUGCUGAAGGGCGAAGUCAAGCAGCCAGACAGCGCCAUCGGGAGGCUUAUCAAGGAGCAGAUACUAAGCAACACUAUAGUGCCUUGGACGGUCACGUGUCCUCUGCUCGAGCGCUACAUGAAGGAAUCACAGAACAAAAACUUCGUAAUAGACGGAUUCCCGCGAACGCAGGAUAAUUUCGACGGAUGGAAUUUGACACUGGGAAACAAAGUUAAUUUGCAGUGUGUGUUUUUUCUUUCCUGUCCUUUCGAACUGUGCACCGAGCGGUGUCUGAGCCGAGGAGCCGCCGGCUCGGGACGUCCGGACGACAACGAAGCGUCUCUCAAGAAGCGCUUCGCCACCUUCGAGAAUGACACGGUUCCCAUUCUGAACUGGUACGAGGGGCGGGGCCUCCUGCGGACCGUCGACGGCGCCAAGUCCAUCGAGGAAGUCGCGGCAGAAAUGAAAAGUCACUUCAUUAAGUUGUAGUUUCUAAGAAUUCUUCGCUGAAAUAUAUUGUGUGCUUUCAUUACUGGAUUUUGCUAAACAAUCUUAAUGCGUUUUACAUUAUUAUAUAUGUCUGAAAUAUUUUUGUGUGUAGUUAACAUUGGCUAUACGAAUUAUUUAAAUCACAAAACGUAUUUGUUAGACACCAUUUUGGAUUUUUAACUGUAAUGUCGAUAUCACUAUAUCAACAACGAAUGCCUUAAAUAUUUCAACAUCCAUUCUCAAGUUAUGACUUUAAAAGUUUUUGAAGGACAAUACAAGGGUACGCCACUCUUUGUUCGUGCAAUUUUGUUAUUUGUUAAAUAAUGUACAUUCAUCAAUGUAUUAACUCUGUCUCUAAUAAGUAUGACAUCGUAUUCAUAUAACGUACGAUCCAUGUGUACACGAUAUGAUAUAAUCUCUAAUAUGUUACGCGCCUACCGAUUUCAUUGUUGGUGCUGACCAGAUUGCAACCAGGUGACGAGAGCUCGAGAGGGCAGCAUUCGUCAACGCCCGACGCGAAUGCGCUCGGUCUACUACGCGCAUCCUCAAUGGACAGGGCCGUCGGGAAGGCAGCUUUGCAGGGGGGUGUAAUGUUUCAAAUUUGUCGACAAAGGGUGUGGUCACUGGGCGUUGGGCAUUGGUGCCUUUAUUAAUCACUCAAUAACUCUAUGUUCUGUGAACCAUUCGUAGAGAGCGCUGACUAAUUAGCAGCAGAAAUUGGCAAAAUUUACCAAAUUGCCGAAAAAAUGCAGGUUUAAGGUUUCAUUUGCUGACAGAUGCUUUUUUUCAGGGAGGGUGUCACACCCCCCACACCCCCCGUCGCGACGGUCCUGUCAAUGGGGUUCGAAGGAGUCGCCCAUUGCAUCUCCAACUGGAUCACUAACUUGCAAUUUCGUUGCUGCUGUAUAUUCCUGUUGUAAUCAUUAUUUGCAAGAGUAUCACUUUGGUGUCCUCACUUACCAAUUUUGUUGUUUGCGUUUGUAUAUUGGUGCUAUAUGUAUUGCUGUUAUAUUAAUAUUUGAACAUUA